UUGUCAAUGCUUGUUAGCGUUUGUUUUUGACUUGUAAAGUUCAAAUUAAAACAGUGUUCCUAAAUUAGUAAAUAGUAUUGCAAUGGCUCAAACAGAAGAUACUGAACUACGGGAUUUAGUGAUUGAGGCCUUAGAAAAAAACGGAUCUCUCGCAAAAAUCCGUGCUUUGCUUCGAGCAAACAUUUUUUUAGCUUUUGAAGAUGAUUGCGAAAACAUAAAACAAAACGAAUCAUUAGAUAAAAUAUUAUUACUACCAGCAGGUAAAUUGUGUCUUUCCAUUAUUCAUGACUUUUUAGACUUUUGCAACCUGAGAAACACAUUGUUUGUGUACAAAUCUGAAACAAGACAAGGAAAGGAAUACUCAUAUGAAGGCAGAAAUACUGUUGCCGAUAAAUUAAAUUUAAAACAAUUUGAUCAACAAAAUCAACCUGUUUUAUUAUCGUUAAUCAAUAACAUUCUUCAUCCAUGCCCUAAAAAUGUCUAUAAGCAAGAUGAUAAACAUAGUAAUACGAAACAAAUAAAUAGAAAUAAAAACAUGUAUAAAAGUGAUCAAGAUUGUACAUACAUUGUACACGAGGACUCGAGCACAACUACAAGUCACACUCAGUCCGACAAUUCAUCAGAUGAAAAACACAAACUUGACUUGAGAUUGACUUUAGACAAUUCAGAUACUGAUACCUCAAGUGAAUCUGUAAGAAGUAAGACUAGAUCUGAAUAUAUUCCAAAUAAACAUACACUUGAUAGUGGAAGAAAUGAUCAGAAUGUUGCACAAACAAACCAGUCAUUAAAUAAUUAUGUCAAAGACCUGAAAGUUUUAAAUAACAGCAGUAAUGAAUCAACCUCUUACGUUGAAUUGAAACCAUUUAAUAAAAUUGAUGCAAUACUUUUAAAUACAACAGGUCUACCUGUGGAAGAAAGAAAUGAAACUAAACAUACAUUACAAAAUAAUUCACAUUCAUCUAUCUCCAAAGUGGAUACAUCAUCACAAGUUCAAACAUUAAACAGUAUCUCUGAGUCAAUAAAAAAGGAUUUAAGCCAUCAAGAUUCUAAGACAAGUAUGAAAAAUUCACCAGGAGGGUCGAAUAAAUAUGAUGAGUCGACUGAAUAUAGUUAUGAUUUUACAUCACCUCCCCUAUCAGGAAGAAAGGAUACACCUGAAAAGCAAUCACAGAGUCUAAAGUCUAUACAUGAAGAUACAUUAAAUAAAUCAAAUAAUUCAUCAGCGUCCAGUCACAAACAGAAUUCAAUUAGCUCUCAAAGUUCUGUUUCAAUAUCAGAUGUCGCAGAUUUAAUAAGUGAAAAAAGUAGCUACAAGUAUAGUUACAAUUCACCCAAUCAAUUUAAAUUGUCAAUUAACGAUAAGUCAAAUAGAAGUCCUAAUAGAGAUCAGGUUAAAAUAGUAAGUGAUGAUUCGGGCGACUUCUCUGAAUCACCUAUUCCGUCUCUUUCUAAUCUUAGUCUUGAUAUUCAUAGUGACUGACAAAAGUUUCCUUAACUUUUAAUUGAUGGAUUUAACACAUUAUACAUCAUGAAACAAAUGUUUUAUUUUAAUGAGUAAUGACUAAUGUUUCAUAUGAAACUAGCUGGUCUAAUUAUAAAAAUAUUGUACUUAAAAUAUGUGAUGUCAAUGAUUGUUAUGUUUAUGUAUUUAAGAAUACAUAUAACCAAUUAAAAUUGUAUUUUAUUGUUUAUGCAAAAUAAUGGUUUAAACAUUUUAAUAUUAUACACAAAACUGUUCUAAUAAUAGGUAAUUACCUAUUUAUUUUAUUGUAAAUUUAUUUUAAAACUACAGAUAAUAUUGUAUACAGAAUUAAAAAAAUAACUGUAGUAUAUGGUGAGUAACUAUAGAAGUAAAUUAAUAAAACAUAUUUAUGUAGUUUACCUAAAAAAAUUUUUGAAAUAUUUUGAUAUUAUACUGCCAAGGAAUGUGUGGAAGCUGUCGACAUAAAUUUAAUUACACAAACUUGCUAUUAAAUUGUAUAUCAAAAAAUGCCUUUACAAAUUGAAUAUAAAUGCCUAAUUUUUAGGAUAAUACAACAAUUUUUUGUAGUUUUAUAAAAUAUUAAUAUAAGUAAAAUUCUUGUCAGGUUACUAUAAUAGGGUUACGUGUGUGACUUAUGAUUGCAUUUCACCUUGCCCCAUGACCUUAACAAAGUAAAUAUUUAUUGUUGAUUAUCUAGUUUAACUAAUUAUUUUCAAAUUGUUUUUUCGAACAGCUUUAAAGUAACGAAUAAUCAGUAUCUUAAUUAUUGUGUGUAUUCAAAUACAGUUUUUUUUAAAGUUACUUCUAAUUACCUAAUAUAUUAAUAUAGUAUUAAUUUACCAUGCAUUUAUCACACCAGUCUGACUUUAUAAUUGUUUAAGACCUUGUGGUCUUAAUUUAGAUGUAGAGAUUGUGGCUUGUGUAUGCAAGUCUUACAUUAUUACUAAAUGCUGUUCUUUUUAUAUAAAGAGUGUCAUAAUCCAUACAUAUAUACGUAACUGUAAGAGGUAUACAUAUUACUGAACGUACUAAAAAUGUUUCGCUAGUUAUAUUUACAAAAAUAAUAUUUUGUUGGGCUUAAACACAUUUGUGAAAUUAUAAUUGUAACUUUUAUUACUUCCACGGCUUGUGAUGUAAGCUCAAUAGAUUGUAAUUAUUUUGUACACUUUGAUGUAAAAAAAUGUUUCAAACCAAUUGAAUACGCAGUUUGAGCAAAUACAUAGACAAGGUAAAACAAUAAUAUCUGUUGAUUUCCUAAAAUAGCAUUUAUAUAUCAUUCCACAAUGUACAUAAUAACGAAAAUGUCUAUUAAGCCUUAUUCAGAUCAAACUUGAUUUAUUUUGCUAACGGUUGUGCCUUAAGUCUCUGAAACAAGUUUAAACAUGGUUCCUCAAAAACAUUCAGUCGUAAAAUCUAGUCCUAUGUCUGUUCUUUGAGAACAAAACAAGUUCCGUCCAAAUUGCUCCGAUUUCAUGACUCUGAUGUUGCUUUAAAUUGCAAACAGUAUGUAAAAAUGUUUUAAUAAAUGCUUUUUAUUUGCUUUA